CAACGCGCAGGACAGGAAUCCCAUGUCCUGGGAGCGGACCGUUCUUGGCUCAGCCAUGAAUAACUGUGUGCUCCUGGAAGAACUGCUGAUCAAAAAAUCACAGCAGAAGAGAAGGACUUCACCCUCCAACUUCAAAGUCCGCUUCUUUGUCUUAACCAAAUCCAAGCUGGCUUACUAUGAGCAUCGCCAUGGGAAAAAAAGAACUUUGAAAGGUUCUGUGGAACUUUCCAGGAUUAAAUGUGUGGAGAUUGUGAAGAGUGACAUUAUCAUUCCCUGUCAGUAUAAAUAUCCCUUCCAGAUCGUCCACGAUAGCUACAUACUCUACGUGUUUGCACCCAGCCGUGAGAGCCGGCAGAGAUGGGUCUUUACACUGAAGGAAGAAACCAGAAAAAACAACAGUCUAGUUUCAAAGUGUCAUCCAGACUUUUGGAUAGAUGGCAAGUGGAGAUGUUGUGCUCAGACAGAGAAGAUGGCAGCUGGCUGUGUGGAGUACGACCCCACCAAAAAUGCCUCGAAGAAGCCUCUUCCUCCCACUCCUGAAGAUAACCGGAAAUUAUUGCUAGACCCAAAGGAAGCCAUAGUCAUGGCCAUAUAUGACUAUGACGCCCAGAAUCCACAGGAGCUGACGUUGCAAUGUAAUGAGGAAUAUUAUGUGAUUGACAGCUCUGAAGAACACUGGUGGCUGAUUCAAGAUAAGAAUGGGCAUGAAGGCUAUGUGCCAAGUAGCUACCUGGUGGAAAAAUCACCCGAGAAUCUGCAAAUAUAUGAGUGGUACAAUAAGAACAUCAGCAGAAGCAAAGCAGAAACGCUCCUCAGGGAUGAGGGUAGGGAAGGUGCCUUCAUGGUGAGAGAUUCGAGGCAGCCUGGCAUGUACACAGUCUCUGUUUUCACCAAAGCAUUAAGCACGGAUAACAAUCCUGUUAUAAAGCAUUAUCACAUCAAUGAGACAACAGACUUUCCCAAGCGAUACUACUUGGCAGAAAAGCAUGUGUUUGACUGCAUCCCUGAACUCAUCAACUAUCACCAGCACAAUGCGGGAGGUCUUGUCACUCGUUUGCGGUAUGCAGUCUCGACUUGGAAAAAAAAGGCCCCAAUCACUGCAGGGCUGAGCUACG